AUGGAGGCGCCUACCCCCACCGCCGAAGCUCAGGAAGGUUCCCUACUCGGCAUACGCCCGCAGACCAAGCUCGUCUUCCAUGCCUUCCAAGACCUCAAGCAGAAAGCCGAAGAGGCCUUGGAUCUGGCCCGCGAUGCAACCACGCCUUACAGCGUGCGACUUGUAAAGCUCUUUAUCCGCCUUCUUGAAAACGAGAUCUUACACUUCCGCGGAACGUUGGCAGAGCUCACCGAUAACAAUGAUCGUGCGGUGGAAGUAUUGGACUGGAUCGUGGUCGAGAAAGCGGUCGAAAGCAGCUGCGUCUCUGAUUAUGCCAGAUACUGUGAUAUCCUGAGCGGCAUUUUGCAGGAGCUAGGGAGCAUGGCCGAACUGCUUGGCUUCACGGGGCACCAGUCCAGGGAGAAUGAGGAUCUCUUCCUCAAACGCACAAGAUUGCUACAGGCGCUCUGCACGAUCGAUGGAUCCGCCGGUGCUUCAUUGCAGAUUUCUUUUACCAGAAUCCAGAAAGCGAACGAAGAACUCGUCGCCAUUCAGCGGCUGUCGCAAAAGGAUCCAUCAGCCAACUUUUUCGACGGGCUACUCAGGGUUCGAGAUCAGGUCAAUUCAUCAACCGAGAUUCUUGGAGCGGAGAAUGGGUUUUGCUGUGGGUGUUCAACCUCGCACCAGGUCUACAUGCGUGUGGAAAACUCGCUCAAAGCAAGCGACAAUGAUUCAGGAAUUCAAAAAUGGCCUCAGCCUUGUUCGUUGUUAUUCCUUAAUCACUCAUCCCAGAGCAAGCAGUGGAAGCAAGUUGACAUGAAUUUUGACCCUGUACGUAUCCCAAAAGCUCCUGUGGCUGCAACUUCAUCCCGGGAAACGAUAGGGAAAAUCUCAUCGCAACAGAUCGAAGACAAGACUGAGGAGAGCAAGCCGGAGAAAAGAGAGAAAAGGGAGAACAAGAAAGAGGGCUUUGCACGGAGGAUGCUGAAAGCGAUUCCAUUCCGAAGGGAAACCCCCUCUAAACCAUCUUCAAGUGCGCCAGCUGUAGAAGCCAACAGUCGAACACCCUCGCCGCCUCCACCUCCACCGAUGACUAGCGAACCUAGUAAUGGCCUUUGCGCAUUUUUUAAUGACAAGGCAGGUGUAAACGACGACAUGGGCGUUGAGAAGGACAGCGCUGGUGUUAUCACUAUCUACCGACAGGAACUAAAACACAAAUUGCUCCUGAGCGUGGUAGAUGGAACGACGAAUUCUAAUAUGAGAUGGGCUACCCCUUUGCCUAUCCACAAGCCACCCGAAGAUCCCCAUCGCCUACAGCUUUCGAUAGAACAGAAGCUUCAAUUAGCACACAAGGUGGCAUUCAGUUUAUUCUGCUUAUUCUCCACGCCCUGGGUUCGGGAUUCUUGGACCAGUGACGAUGUAUAUUUAACUUGGCAAGAGAGCUACGACAGCAUUGUGUACCCAUUGUUCUUGCACAACGCAACUGUCCCGGACUCCUUAAUGAUCACUUUCAGCACCUCUGGACCCUCGAAACCCAAAAUACCCUUCACGAACCGUCUUGGCCGUUUCUUGGUAGAACUCUGGUGCGGGACGUCGUGGAGUCGCCUCGAGAAAACCUUCCUCGCAAGUGAUGGGCCAUCAAACAUCGUGGACUCCGACGUCUUCAUCUUGACCAGACUUCUCAAGUGGGUCAAUGAUACUAAAAUUGCCGAUGGAAACAAGCCGUUUCAUUUGGAGGGUAGUUCUUACCUUCUGGCAGUGCAGAAAUGUUUUCUGUGUGACUUUAACACGGCUCAGCUGGAUCACAAAGCUCCCUUGGAUAAUGAAAAUUUUGCCCGUUGGGUAUAUAAGCAUGUCUUGCGCCCACUUCAAUAUGCCUUGGAAGAUUUUCAGACUCGGCAGGAUCGAUUCUUUGGAGCCCGCCUGGAUUUGCUCCCUGAGAAAAGUAGGCCGUCUAACGCUGAGACUACAAAACGUUUACGUUUGUUUGCCAUUGAAGAGGUUGAGGGAGAUAGGGAAAAAAAAGAAAAAGCUGCCGACGACUGGUUCUUCGAAUAUGGCCAAGUGAAAGAACUGGUGAGAGCUAUCGGUCGGGAGCGCCCAGAUGAACCUGCCGAUCGAAUUAGAGUAGCAAUUCUAGACACAGGCGUCGAUGUAACGCAUGACGAUCUGCACCCACUCUGGCUCAGUGGCCAGAUUGUCUACCAGAAUUUUGUUGGAACGCGUUCCAACAUUCCCCAAGAUGAUGAUGGCCAUGGAACACACGUCACAUCGAUAUUACUACAGAUCGCGGAGAACGUGGACGUCUAUGUAGCUCGGGUAUCUCCUGAUGGACUGAAAUGGAACAGCAGUGAGGUUGAAAAUGCAAUCCGUUGGGCUACUAAUGAGAAGCAAGUCCACAUCAUAUCCCUUUCUUUCGGGUUUCCAAAUGCCGAUCAAAGCUUGGAAGGUAUCCGAAAGGUUCUUCUCGAAGCCCACGCCGCGGAUGUGUUGAUUUUCGCUGCUACCGGCAAUGUCGCCGCUGGAAACGCCAUAUCAUUCCCUGCAUGUCUAGAUGAAGUAAUUUCGGUUUCAUCAACCGACGGAGACCAUGAGCUGAGCAAAUUCGUCCCAGAUCUCCGAGUAGGAAAGCGUCUUUGUGCCAUCGGAGAGGCCAUCGAAGCCGCCUGGAUCGACCAGAAAGACUCAACCCUCCCCGUCCACUCAAGCACACGGCGCAAAGCUGGGACUUCCUAUGCCACGCCUGUGAUCGCCGGCGUGGCAGCCAUGGUCAUGGACCUGAUCUGGUCCGAUAUGGAGACUUUCGAGUACCAGUGCCAAACGCUGCGGACCAAUCGCGGGAUGCUGGCUAUCUUGGAACUCAUGGUCUGGAAGAACAGAGACACCAAGAUUGAGUGUCUUAAGCCGUGGAUUUUCUUUAAUAAGAAUAGGUGGAAGGCGUUUUCGAAAAAUGAAAAGUCGGCUAUCUUUUCCAUUUUGGCUGAUACGCUUACUAAUAUAUAUGGGAAAGGGUCGUCGAAGAGUUGA